ACUUCCGGGUCGUUGCUCGACUUUUUUAGCGGCGCUCAUGUUUUCGCAUUUUUGAUCAUUUAUGUACGUGAAGUUUCUUUUUCUGACGAAACAAAACCAUUUUCUUCCGCUUUGGUGAUAUAUCGGGAAAUUCCUCGCAAGAAUGACUGAGGACGUCCAGAAGCACUCAGUCCACACUCUGGUGUUCAGGUCUCUCAAGAGGACUCAUGACAUGUUUGUGUCCGACCAUGCGAAGGGCGUCUCUCUGGACGAUGAGAGCCACAAGUUAAAGAUGGGUGUGAAACUAAAAGCAGACUACAGUCCAGUUAUGCACAUGCCAGUCCUGAAGGAGGGGAAGGACAGAGUGUCACAUCCUCUCGGCAGCUUGCAAGGCCAUCAAAGCUACUUACAGCCAGAUGAUGACCCAGAAUACCUGAUUACUGGGACACAUGCUUAUCCCUCUGGACCUGGCGUGGCACUGACAGCUGACACAAAGAUGCACAGGAAUCCCAGUGAGGCAGGCAUACACUCCAUGGCAUUGGCUUUACCGCCCUCACAAGCCAGGCAGGACGCCAGCCGCACCGCAGCCAGUGCUGCCGAUAUCCGUCGCCAUGCAGGAGCAGAGAGAUCUCAGUCAACUACAGUGUCUCUCAUGGAAGGAGGUGGCACCAGAAAUUCUACGCUCAUGAGGAGAGCACCAACAAUGCCGAAGCCCCAGUGGCAUCCACCAUGGAAACUGUUUAGAGUCAUCAGCGGUCACCUUGGCUGGGUGAGAUCCAUCGCGGUGGAGCCUGGGAAUCAAUGGUUUGUGACAGGAUCUGCUGAUAGGACUAUAAAAAUCUGGGACCUUGCCAGUGGAAAACUAAAACUGUCAUUAACUGGGCACAUCAGUACCGUGCGUGGUGUGGCAGUGAGCAAUCGCAGUCCUUACCUUUUCUCCUGUGGAGAAGAUAAGCAAGUCAAAUGUUGGGAUCUGGAGUAUAACAAGGUAAUCAGACACUAUCACGGACAUCUCAGCGCUGUGUAUGAUUUGGACCUACAUCCAACUAUCGAUGUGCUUGUAACAUGCAGCAGAGAUGCCACAGCAAGGGUGUGGGACAUCAGGACAAAAGCAAAUGUGCACACAUUAACUGGUCACACAAACACAGUUGCCACGGUGCGAUGUCAGGCAGCAGAACCACAAGUCAUUACCGGCAGCCAUGAUUCCACUAUCAGGCUGUGGGAUUUGAUUGCUGGAAAAACCAGAGCAACUCUGACAAACCACAAGAAGUCUGUCCGAACUCUGGUGCAGCACCCAAGACAAUACACAUUUGCCUCUGGAUCAGCUGACAACAUAAAGCAGUGGAUGUUCCCAGACGGCAGCUUCAUCCAGAAUCUUUCAGGCCACAACGCUAUUAUCAACACUUUGGCCGUUAACUCUGAUGGCGUGCUGGUGUCUGGAGCCGAUAAUGGAACCAUCCACAUGUGGGAUUGGAGGACGGGAUACAAUUUCCAGCGGAUUCACGCGGCUGUACAGCCUGGAUCUCUGGACAGCGAGUCGGGAAUCUUUGCCUGUGUGUUCGACCACUCUGAGAGCAGACUGAUCACUGCAGAGGCCGACAAGACCAUCAAAGUUUACAGAGAGGACGACAUGGCGACUGAGGAAAGCCACCCUGUCAACUGGAAACCAGAAAUCCUCAAGAGAAAACGAUUCUGAAGUUUUCUUCAUUUUUGUCACAGUAAUGGCAAGUUUUAUUUUUACCAACUUCUGCUGUCAAUACACCCAGCAUUUUUUUAUUAUUAUUAUUUACUAGUGCUUUUUCAUCAAGCAAACUUCCUCUCAGCUAAUGUGAUCUUGACUAAAGCAGUUGCACCAUCAUUUCUUGCUUCAAUCAAAAAACCAUUUGCAGUCUCCGUUGUAUAAGGGCAGUCCAGUAAAGCUGCCAUUGUGGACGGCCAGAAACUGGUCCAUCAGCAGAAGACACUUCAGAUUCUGAAGGGUAGGCUUCAGCGUGGACCUGAUGGCUUUCUGGGUCAGAGCCUGCAGCAGAUUGGGGGAAAAAAACAACUUUUUUUUUGUUUGUUUGUCUUUCUCUCCAUUGAUUCAACAGAAUUCCCAGUUGUACAGACUUGAAAAUAAUAAAACAUUGUUCUUCUGGUUUGAGAUGGGAAGUUUAAGGAGCUUCAUUUUUAAUAAAUGACACAUU